UUAAGUGUGUUAAUACAUUGUACAGCUAUGGAUCGUAGGUCGAGGAGCUUCAAAAUACUGACUUUAGCACAACAGCCUACCAGUGUUUUAAACGAGAGACGAAAUGUUGAGAAUGAAAAUUAUUUCAUAGAAGCAACUGAAGUGGAUCUACAAUCGGCUAUUGUAGCACUUACCGAAGAGAUUGAAAUAACAAACCAACUUUUUGAGCAAGAAGGAGCAGGAAAUGAUUUAUCGCCCAGUUUGAUAAAUAACGCAAUACAUGAAACUGAGCAAACAGAAGAUAACCACUUUGUGGCAGAAGAACCGGCUAAUCUUUUAGAGCAAGUGAAAAAUACAGCAAAUUAUACUAGACGUAAAGAUGAAGAGAAAAUGUCACAUAAUCCUGAAGAAGUUGACAACAACAGCACCGAUCCAACGUAUGAGAUGGAUACCUCCGAAGACGAAAAUGAUCCUAAUAUAGCAAAUGUGCGAAAAAGGAAGAAAAAAAGAUUGUCCGAUCCCACUUCUUGGAAAUAUAAUAUAAACAAGAAGAACAGAGAAAAGGGCACUGUGUACAUGGGAAGAAAGGAAAACAAGUUUGAUGUUAUGAAAAAUGAAAGAGCAAUGAAAGAAAGAUGUCAAUGUGUCCAUAAAUUAACAAAAAUGGGCAAUGAAAUGAGUAUUCAGUGUUACAAAUUAACAAAUGAAGAUCGAAAAUCUAUUUUUUUUAAAUUUUGGUAUCUCUCCUGGGCAGAAAAAAAACGGUAUGUAUCUGCAAGAGUCUACAAAAAGAGCACAAAGAGAGCCAGAAAUAGAAAUGAUCCAGAGGUAAGUCAGAGGACAAGUUCGUAUACAUACUUACUUAGAACCACAAAGGAACAAAUUAGAGUAUGCAAGGUGAUGUUUUGUAAUACGUUGGGCGUUUCCAUACGAACAAUUUCAGAAUGGGUAAAAAAUGAAUUAACUAGCCCUGCUAAAAAUGAUCAAGACCAACACACUACAACAAGUGCAGAAAAGAGGCAUGACCGUUUUAAACAAGAGAAAAUAAAAUUAAAAAGAUUUUUAGAUUACCUCCCUAAGCUCGAAUCGCAUUACUGUCGAAAAUCUUCAACAAAAUUAUAUUUAGAGCCAUUGUUUAAAGCAAAAUCAGAAGUUUACGCACUUUAUAGGGAUUGGUGUGUAGAAGAAAAAAUAAAUCCUUUAUGUAGUGCCACAUUCUCCAACACGUUUGAAGAUUUAAAUUUAUCCUUAUUCAUGCCAAAAAAAGACGAAUGUGAUGUCUGCGUAGGCUAUAAGACCAAAAAUGUAGAGGAAACUGUUUACAUGGAACACAUUGCCAAGAAAGAAGAAGCGCGAGCAGCGAAGGCAAAUGAUAAAAAUUCAAAGAAUAGGGUUUUUACAAUGGACCUCCAAUCGGUAUUACUGUGCCCAAGGUCAAACGUGUCGGCUCUGUAUUAUCGCACAAAGCUAAUUGUGCAUAAUUUUACUAUUUUUGAUAUGCACUCUAAAUUACUAUUUUCGACAAACUCAAUAAUAAAUUAUACAGGCUUCGUUCUUCUAAGCUUUCGAAUGUCGGAGAGAUCCCGAAGGGAACCAUCCCUUUCUUAUUUCAUGAUAGAGUUUUAA